UUCGCUUCUUAAGAGCUGGUGAUGUUGAAGAGGAAAAGGAAUGAAUGGAACAGUUAGGGCAGGUUGGAGCUCAUGCUCUUGCCUUACUGCAGAACACGGAGAGCAAACUAUCCCUGAAGUGACCUGGAAUCCCUGGAGCCCAGUGUGCUGAGGAGCUGCUCCUUCUUCUUUGAAGCAGCCAAGGCACAAUGAUGGAUAACCGUUUUGCUACAGCACUAGUAAUUGCCUGUGUUCUCAGCCUAAUAUCCACCAUCUACAUGGCAGCCUCAAUCGGCACCGACUUCUGGUACGAAUACCACACCCUGUCCCCGGCUGAGAACGUCACGGAAAAUGGCAAAAGCAUCUGGGAAGAGUUUGUGAGCGAAGAGGCAGAUGAGAAGACCUACACGGACGCGCUCUUCCGCUGCAAUGGCACAGUUGGACUGUGGCGGAGGUGCAUCACUGUACCCAAGAACUCCCACUGGUACAGCCCACCAGAGAAUGAUAUGACCACAAAUUGCAUCAGUUUUUCCCUCUCGGAUCAGUUCAUGGAAAAAUACAUAGAGCCUGGAAACCACAAUAGUGGCACGGAUCUGAAUCGGACUUAUCUCUGGAGGUUGCAGUUUCUCUUGCCCUUUGUCAGCCUUGGGCUCAUGUGUUUUGGGGCUCUCAUUGGGCUCUGUGCUUGUGCCUGUCGCAGCCUUUACCCUGCCAUUGCCACUGGAGUCCUCCAUUUCCUUGCAGGGCUCUGCACACUGGGCCUGGUUGGCUGCUAUGUAGCUGGGAUUGAGCUGCUCCACAAGAAGCUGCCCCUGCCCGAUGACGUGCAGGGCGAAUUUGGCUGGUCCUUCUGCCUGGCCUGUGUCUCGGCACCUUUGCAGUUCAUGGCAGCUGCUCUCUUCAUCUGGGCAGCUCGCACCAACAGGAAGGAGUUCACUCUCCUGAAAGCCUACCGUGUAGCAUAAGUGCUACCAGCUAGGCAUUAAGUUUCCCUGUUAGAGUCUCUUCUUUCCCCAACCUUUACAACUUUUGUUCUUCUUUUACUCAGACUUCUGCCUUGUUCCUGCAUACUUCUUGCCAGGUGAGAUGGCCCAGCCUGUGGGCCCUGAAGACAAAGACUUCUGGGCUGAAAGGGCAAACUCUGCCAGAAGUCUGCAGAAUUGAAUAGGCUCUUUUUUUCCCUAAUAUUUUGAAGACAAAUCUUUUUUGUUUUGUUUUAUUUUUGUUUUGGACUUGAUUUGGUCACUGAAUAGCCCCCUUUUCUAGGUGUUCAUGCCCCUUCCUAGUUUUAAUAUCCUGUCAGCCUGGAGGAAAUAGAAGAGGCAUUGUGGAGUGGAAGAGGAAUAAGGGAAGAAACGAAGUAGGUGGGCAAGAAUGGGCACUGGAUGCACAAGUGAUGAGUGAUGAGAGGUUGUCUGCUGCGUGACCCACAGGCAGCACCUGCAAAGAGCACCCGGGAGACAUGGGUGAGCACAGAGACCUCUGCGAGGGAAGCACCCCAGGGACAUCAGUGCCAUGGCAGAGCUCUGAGUCGCCUCUUCUCGCUCAUUCACCACUUCUUGUGGCUACUGCCACGACAAAGCCGAGCAGAGCGUCCCGUGUGGCAAUGUCUGCCCAGCGAACRUCCUUGAAGGCAGAUCCCGGGCGUGAUUCUGCCACGGAGCGGGAUAGAUUGGCCUGUGUGGAGCUCUGUGCUGCCGUAGCUACACUGCUUCCAGCGCCCAGGCUGGGUUGGUACCUACAGUGCAUGGUGAUCUCAGCUUGUGGUGCUUUUGCUUGCUGAGAAAUAUGGCUUUCCUCUCCCUCAUUCUGUUGGAAAUAGUCCCUCCCCCCCAACUUUUCAUUUUUAACUUGUUUU